CCAGUACGAUUCGAUCAGCCACUGCGCGCGAACGCGUUUGAUUUUUCCCACCGCAAAUCAUGCGCAACGUUAUGACGUGCAAGCUUUACUGAACAAACUAGAAUUGAUUAAACAAAAAGUGUAGCUCCUGCAGUCACUCAGCAACUAUCAGAGGGCGGACUCUGAUUAAGAAUUCCCGCGAGUUCGAUGGCCAACUGCGGCAGUAGAUGUUCAACGAUCAACCGUGCCAGAGCAGUCGUAGCUUAGCCGGGUGAUAGAAAAUAAAUCUAAAGCAAUCAUGAUUAGGCGUGAGAAAAUUUCAGAUAAUUCAUUAACUUGACGAACAAUCGCAUUCGUAGAUCAGCAGAAACAUAAAAAUCACUCGCGCUCAUAAUAAGUGUAUAGAAGGUAGGAAUCAUUGCCCUAAAAGUGGUUUAUCCAGUUAUCGGCCGUUCUUGUUUCUGGGGAGUUACGCAGCGGCAGCAGCAGAAAAUUCUCGAAAGGACGAGCCUCCAAAGAGAUGAUCAAGUCCGGUUAAGUGGUUAAGUAGUGUAGUCGGAGUAAGAGGUGUGAAGUGCGGAACAAGUGUAAACCGGCAUGUGUAUAACUUUCACACGUAACUACCAUUCCGCGAAUCGUAAACCGAUGAAUGCUAGAUGUUUACAAUAAAAAGCAGGUUUUCAAGACCAAGACUAGUCGUUCAACCGUACCGCUGAAGUGACGGUGAGCUUUUUAAUGCAACACGACUGUUUUUGUGGGUCAAUUAUGAAAAAAGAGCGGUCGCACAUGGGAGCCAAGUCACACGAACAAUAUAAUACACGUCCUGUUCAAAGUCAAAACAAACUGAUGAAUAUUAUUAGUUCAUGUAUGUGAUCGAGCUUUACAAUCGAUCAGUGUGUCAGCUGAUCGAGUGCAAUAAAUAGUCUUCGAGCUAGAACGGUGCCCGAGUGUUGUUUUUUGAAGCUUUUAUUUCGAGCCUCUGUUGUUUUUUCCUUUGAACAUAAAUAUCGUUUAUUUCUACCACUAAACAAACGUUGCAAGUUUAGCAAUCAAUUUUUGCCGCACAAAAAAAACGUACCAGUGAAGGAAGUCUGCUGGAAGGCGAAAAAAAGGUUACGUAAGAAAAAUUGCGGUGUCACCACAACCAAUCUCUCAUAGUUGUGCAUAGCGACCGAGACUCGAAAAGAUGCCGUCGUCGAAAGUUCGUGCAGGGCCGAUUCCCAAGCGGCUGAUAGUCGCAAUCAUGAUCUUCAUCGCCUGCGUAACAUCAUUCAUGCUGCGUGUAAAUAUGUCUCUCAACUUACUGGCGAUGGUUAAACCAAUCACGAACUCAACAGCUAAAUCGGUCAACAUCUCAACAGUAACAAUCAAUUCGACAGAAGUACUACUGCCAACCAACAUCACAACCCCGCAGCCCAAAUUAGAGAUCCAAAACUUUGGACCACGCUAUCAGUGGGAUCAGGGAACUCAGGGCCGCAUUUUGGGAGCAUACUUUUAUGGUUUCAUGAUAACAUCGCUUCCCGCCGGUUUGAUGGCGGAACGGUACGGACCCAAGCUGGUGGUGUCGCUCUCCUUUGUGGUGAGUGCCAUUGCGACCGCCGCUACACCGGCACUUGCCGCAGUCGGUCCUUGGUAUGUGAUCGGAUCCAGAGCUGUUGUUGGAAUCGUCGCUGGACUUGUGUAUCCAGGCUUGCAGAACCUCAUCUCGCGAUGGAUUCCACCAAACGAACGUGGCAAAGUGAUUGCCUGCAUUUCCGGUGGAAGUACUUUCGGGACUGUUAUCACCUGGCCAAUGUCCGGCAUACUUACAGAGCAACUCGGCUGGAGUUACGCGUUCUAUCUUCCCGCGUUGAUCGUAUUGCUGAUGGCCGUCCUCUGGGUUGCAUUGAUUGAAAACUCGCCCGAUCAACACAGCACUAUAACUCUCGAAGAGAAGAGAAUAAUCGAUGAUUCGUUUGGAAACACAAUAUCGAAGGCGAAAUCCUGGCCUCCUUACGGAAAAGUAUUGACCUCAAUCCCAUUUUUGGCUCUUUUGAUGCUGCACUACGGCAGUAUGUGGGGAAUGAGUUUCUUCAUCACACAAGCUCCUAAGUUCAUGAACGAAGUUCUUGGUUUUAAACUAGCGAAUGCCGGUUUCCUGUCCAGUCUGCCAUACCUGGCAAGAAUGUUCUCCGGAUUCAUUUUCGGCUACAUUGGCGAUGUGAUCCUGCAGAGAGAGAUCAUGAGUAGGACGACGCUGAGGAAAUCUUUCUGCAUGUUCUCUCAUUUUUUACCGGGCGCAUUUUUGGUCAUUCUUCCAUUCAUCGCUCAGGAUCCACUAGUAUGCGUAGGAUGCAUAGUACUGUGUUUGGGUUUCAACGGCUCAUCUACGAUAACUAACUUGGUGAACGCACAAGACCUUGCGCCGAACUUUGCUGCCUCGCUUUAUGGGUUUUUAAGUUUUCUAGGCACCACCACAGGUUUUAUAGCUCCAAUGCUGGUGGGCUACUUUACGGCAGAAAAUAAUACAAUUGACGAAUGGAAAAUUGUUUUUCUGAUUGGCGCAGUAAUUUUCAUUGGGAGUGGAACUAUUUUCAUUAUAUUUGGAUCCGCCAAAGUUCAGAGCUGGAACGAGAUCAAGCCGAAAACUGCCCGUUUGACAAACAGCCGGACACCGAACGAAAUCGGAACCUGUGCAGAAGCCAGCGAGCUCAAAGAAUUAACCCACUAGCUGGCCCAAGAUCCAAGCCAGAGAAUCUAUCAUAAUUGAAUUUUGUUUGAUAUUUCAUCGAAAAUAAUAUCCAACUUUCAAUUUAAAAUUAUAUUCGAUGAAAAAAGGCUAUUUGGUCAAUUUUGGUUCUACGGUUUUGCGUGUAUUGCUAUUAAAACUUAUAGUUAGAUCACUAAAAACUAAUUCGAAAUAUAAUUCUUUUUGCCAGAAUGAUCUUUCAAAGUACGAAACUUUUUACAUUUAAUGAAAAACACUGACACAGCACGAUUUUUUUUUUUUUUUGUUUAAACUGCUUUAGUACCAUAAAAUUAUUCGAUUAUUACUGCAUAAUUCACAUAACCAUGAAUAGCGUAUUUUUUUACUACCAAAAUUAGUGUGAUCAAAUAAAAGUAAUCGACUACAACGGAAUAAAAAAAAUCUGAUUAGACUGCUUCCGAAUGAAAUAUGUAUAGGAUGAAAGUGUAAUUAAAACGCAAUACAAAAAUAUUGAACAUGAAAACUGA